AUGAUACGUGCAGCACUAUUGAAUUUUAAAUAUGUUAAGGUGUACGAGAAUUACUACAAAAUAUACGAAGUUGAUCGGACGACUGGAUCUGUUGGGGUUGUAUUUCUGGCGAGGAGAUACUUUAUUGUCGUUGUAACAACAUUACUUGCUUAA